AUGGCGCCAAGGAGCGAGACUGGGAAGCUUGGAAAGCCACUCGUCGUAUGUACGAAGCCAAGCGAGAUUUAGUUGAGAAGCGGGCUUCAUGCAAGGCUUCAAAGGCAAAGGCAAAGCGUGAAAAGAGGUUCUUUUGCGAAACAUGCCAAUUGCCUUUUGAAUCUUCCACACUUCUAAACGCACACAACCAGACUAUACGAAAUAACGAAAAGAUUAAUGGCAUAGCUCAUAGAUUUGCUAAGAACCCUGACUACGCUGUAUGGGCUGAAGCGAAUCUACAAGCCAAGAAGUACUUUUGUCAAUAUUGUGACUAUAAUGCCUCAACCUCAUCGAAGUUGCAAAUGCAUUUCACGUCCAAGAGACACGAGAAGGCGGUUACCGAUUCAGGCAAGAAAACUUUGGCUCAGAGCACUUUGGAUUCAAUGAUUCCGGUAUCCAAAGCCAAUCCGGUAUCGAAACCGCUAAACCUGGUGGCCAAACCGGAGAUCAAAACCGCAACCGCCAGUCUUCCGACCAAGACCGGUCAAUCCAAUCCGGUCAAGAGUAACAAGCGCACCUCUCAGCUUCCAGAUCCGAGGACCAAGAAACAACAAAAGUUAGACCUCUCAUCGUCUAGCCGAGACAAGCUCGAACUAUCUAGGUAA